AUGGAAGGCCUCUUCUUCAAUGUAAAUGGCGGGUACGUCGAGGGUAUUGUCCGAGGGUAUCGGAACAGCCUUCUGACCGGCCAGAACUACUCCAACUUGACACAAUGCGAAUCCAUCGACGCUGGGCCCUUCCUAUGGCGACUUCCUGGCCACUCUCCCCCGAACCCCUCCACCUCAGCGCUUGCCGGCAAGAUGACCGACAAGCUGGUCUCAGAGUUCCGCUACCUUAUCGCGCAGUCGACUGGCUCAACUGCCAAAUUCCUGGAAUACCUGACAUAUGGUUAUAUGAUCGAUAACAUCGCCUUGCUGAUCACCGGCACCCUGCACGAACGAGACACCCGAGAACUCCUGGAGCGAUGCCAUCCACUGGGUUGGUUUGAAACACUGCCCGUGCUAUGUGUCGCAACCAACAUUGAGGAACUAUACAACUCAGUGCUGAUCGAGACCCCACUCGCCGCAUACUUCAAGGGCAGCCUGAGCCACCAGGACUUGGACGAGCUCAAUAUUGAGAUUGUCCGUAACACUCUGUACAAGAACUAUCUCGAGGACUUCUUCAACUUUGUCAACACCCACCCAGACUUUGCAGGUAGUCCCACGCAGGAUGUCAUGUCCGAGAUUCUGCAGUUCGAGGCCGACCGCCGAUCCAUUAAUAUUACCCUGAACUCUUUCGGCACUGAGCUCUCCAAGCAAGAGCGAAGGAAGCUGGAAAGUCUAAUGCUUUCCCGUGCUGAGGAUGUUGAAGGUGUUGCUCUGGCAGUCAGCGCCGUCGCAGAUUACAAAGCGUUCUUCGACGCUGUAGGCCUCAGCCAGGGUGGUAGCGGUAUGGGCGGUAUGGGCGGCGGCCCUGCCGAUGGAAAGAGUCUGGAAGAUCUCUUCUAUCAAAAGGAGAUGGACAUGUCGAAGUUGGUUUUCACUCGUCAAUUCACCCCGGCGGUGGUGUACGGUGGAUGA